UGCGUGCAUCCGCUCAUGGAGGCGGAGGACCCGAGCUCCGGGAUUAGCUCGAUCGCCCAUGGCCGACCUGCGCGGUCCACCCGACGGUCAACAUGGAGAACCCCACCUUUAAAAACGGCCGGCCACCACGCGCUAGCUCCGUCCAUCUAUCGACAAGGAAGAAGAGAGGUGUCGAUCGUCGAUCGGUCGGCCGGCGGCAUGCAUUGGCGGACCACCAUGGGGCGGCGAGCGGCGGCGGCGACGACGACGACGAAGCCUCUGCUCCUCCUCCUCCUCGUCGUGUCCGCGCUCCUUGCGGCGGCGCCGGCCGCCGCCAACAACGCGCCUGGCGGGGCGUUCAGCAACUGGAUCGUGCAGAACCAGCAGAGCUACGCGCUGUACGCGCAGAAGUCCGCCGGCGACGGGGGCAAGGAGCCCAUGGACAAGAGCCUGCAGGAGGCGGAGGCGAAGAAGGUGACGUACGUGAUCGACCCCAGCGGCAACGGCGACUACCCCAACAUCACGGCGGCGCUGGACGCGAUCCCGGAGAGCAACACUCGGCGGGUGAUCCUGGACCUGAAGCCCGGCGCGGUGUUCCGGGAGAAGCUGUUCGUCAACAUCAGCAAGCCGUUCGUGACGUUCAAGUCGGACCCGGCGAACCCGGCCACCGUCGUCUGGAACGACACGGCGGCGUCGCGCUCGCGCGCCGCCAAGGACGGCGGCAAGCCCGUGGGCACGGUGGGGAGCGCGACGCUGGCGGUGGAGUCGGACUACUUCACGGCGUACGGCGUGGUGCUCAAGAACGACGCGCCGCUGGCCAAGCCGGGCGCCAAGGGCGGGCAGGCGGUGGCGCUGCGGCUGUUCGGGACCAAGGCGCAGGUCUACAACUGCACCAUCGACGGCGGGCAGGACACGCUGUACGACCACAAGGGCCUGCACUAUUUCAAGAGCUGCCUCAUCAGGGGCAGCGUCGACUUCAUCUUCGGCUUCGGCCGGAGCUUCUACGAGGACUGCCGCAUCGAGUCGGUGGUCAAGGAGGUGGCCGUGCUCACGGCGCAGCAGCGGACCAAGUCCAUCGAGGGCGCCAUUGACACCGGCUUCUCCUUCAAGAACUGCAGCAUCGGCGGCGUCAAGGGCGGACAGAUCUACCUGGGACGCGCGUGGGGGGACUCGUCGCGGGUGGUCUACGCCUACACGGAGAUGGGGGAGGAGGUGGUCCCCGUCGGCUGGGACGGCUGGGAAAUCGCCAAGCCGGAGAGCAGCGGCAUCUACUACGGCGAGUUCAAGUGCUUUGGCCCCGGCGCCGACGCCAAGAGGAAGAAGAAGAGGGUGGGGUGGGCGCUGGACCUCACCGAGCAGCAGGCCAAGCCCUUCGUCGGCACGCACUACAUCCUCGGCGACACCUGGCUCCAGCCACCGCCUGACACCCCGUUUGGAAAGUCCCCCGCGGCUCCCAAAACAGCUUCUUCGGCUCCGGCUUCGGCUCCGACUUCUUCAAACACGAGCUCGGCUUCGGCUCCGACGACAUCUUCAAACACGACUUCGGCUUCGGCUCCGGCUUCGUCAAAAUCGACUUCGGUUUCGGCUUCUUCAAACACGACUUCGGCUUCGGAUUCUUCAAAAACAACUUCGGAUUCUUCAAAGGCUUCAUCAGCUUCUUCAAAAUCUUCUUCGACUCCACCUCCUCCGAAGCAGUAGCUUCUCUGAAGGAGGGCACACCUUUUUGAAAACUGUUAACAAAACAACUUCUCCUGUUUUUUCCUUUUUUUUGGAGUGGAUGAAAGAUAUGGAAUGUAUCUAUAGUACCCCUGCUUGGUUGGCUUGGUUGCAUACAUGCUUUAUAUAUAUAUAUAUAUCUUUGAUUUCAAUUUGUAUGAUGUUUCUCAUAAACAUGAAAAUUAAGAGUAAUAGAUAA